CGUGUAUCUGCGAAUGGUGAAUUUAUUGAUGGUGAAUCUGUUGACGAUUAAUUACGUAAAUCGGCAACAAUGGUGAAGAUUAUACGAAGAGUGGAACUCCUAAAACAUGUGAAACGCUUAUAUGAUAAACCAUUCUUUGAAAAAAUUAAGUCGCUAUGGACAAUCUGUACAACCGAACAUCCAGUAGUGACAUUCGUUUCAGUUUCUGGUCUAACAAUAAAUACGAUUUUAUGUGGGGUUUUUGCAUAUCUGGUAACCACAAAACCUAUCCCAAAAAUACCAAAAUAUUAUGAUAAAAUAGUCAUUUUUAGACCCGAUGAUCCACGAGCGAAAACUAUCAGAAAAGACAAUUGCUUGCAUUUAAAGAAAAAUGAGAUACUGUACAGGUUAUAAUUUUAUUUGCGAGUUAAAGUGUGUAGUAAAUAAAUACUUGUUAAUGAAUAAGAACCUCGUACGCGUUGUUUUACAAUCUUAUUCGAAACAUGUUGUUAGAACAUGGAAAGGUAUGGAAGUCAGAUAGAUUUUAUUAACGCGUAACCAUGUAUUGCAUAAUUUGUAUG